AUGACUCUAUCCUGUGUCUUCUCAACCUGCACAGACACAGGCAUAGUGGACUGCAAGCUGAAUUUCCCCCACCCCGCCUGGUACUGGGACACCCUGCUCAAGAUCUGUGUGUUCAUCUUUGCCUUCAUCAUGCCCGUCCUCAUCAUCACUGUCUGCUAUGGCCUCAUGAUCCUGCGGCUAAAGAGCGUGCGAAUGCUGUCGGGCUCCCAGGAGAAAGACAGGAAUCUGCGUCGAAUCACCCGCAUGGUCCUCGUAGUGGUUGCCGUCUUCAUUGUCUGCUGGACUCCUAUCCACAUCUUUGUCAUCAUCUCAGCUCUGAUCACCAUCCCCAACUCCACUUUCCAGACUAUCACCUGGCAUUUCUGCAUCGCUCUCGGCUACACAAACAGGUGCCUA